GCCGCCCGGCGAGCGGAACAAGAACGUUGCGGAUACGAACUAAAGGAGGGAUGCACAUGGAAAAAUAUCCCAAGUUGGAUUUAAGUAGUCGUGCCUGGAUACAUUCCGCAGAUGAAAUUAGGAAAGGAAGACACACGAUGAACCUAAUUUCGCCCCUACGGAGGUGAGCCAGGUUGCGGUGGUGUGGUAAUGUUUAUUGAAUGGCACCAGACAGCUUUGGACCCGAAGAGCAGCAGUUGUUUGCCAAUGACUGGUGAAGACACUGGUUUGGGGGCUUUGGCCUCACCGCUGGCGGGGUAUUUGGGAAAAGUUCAUGAACGAGCUGCUUCAUUGGAGAAUUGUCCCUGGUGUGUUUCCAAGGGCUUGACCUAUGCCUUACGCUCCUACCGUGUCAACUUCCAUGAGUCCAUCACCCUGUGCACAAACCCACAGUGCCUCUUUCCUCUGGUCAGCCGGCCUUUGGAGGAUGUCCUGGCUGACCUGGUUCCCGUGGAGCCCAACAAUGGGAAUAAAAGGAAGAACACACUGGAGCCCGAAAGGGAAGAGCUGAUGGCACCUUCACCCAAGCGCUUGCGAUCAAAUGAAAAUGACAGUCCUAUGCUACAGAGUGUCGCUGACACAUGUAUCAGCCAAGCAGAGCCUGCUGAUAUCAAGGUUACCAUCAACGUCCAACAUCCAUCACCAAAGAAGGAGGUAAAUGGAUGCCACAAGGCCUCUGACUAUCCAGCUGUAGAGACAGCAGCACAGGAGUUGCUGCAUGGUAAGGCGCCGACGACGGCUGCUGUUGUGGAGAAGAAACUGGAGGAUGCUGCAUGCACAGUUGGUGUUACAUCUUCUGUGGGCUCAGCCACAGCUCGACAUGUGCACUGUGCGUCAGAGGACCCGCUGACCACUGAUGGGCCUGUGCAGGUGCUCUCUCCUCACCAUAAUGCUUGGGAUACCUCAGAAGUGCAGGAAUCAGAGCCAAGUGAUGUGGACCAGAGACAAGUGAAGAGCUCACCUGAAGUGUCAUACCCCAGCCAGCGUGACUUGACAAACAAGGAGGCUGAUCCAGCCCAAAUCGAUAUUACUUCCCCUCAGCACUGUAAGCAAACAAAGAUUGAACAAAAAGCAAGGGAUGUGGACAGUAACACUGUGUCCACAUGUGAGGACAGCAGAGUAAGAGAGCCAGAACCUGAAGACUUGUCCCCAGCCACAGUGUUUUCAGACGAGCCAGAUGAGCUUGUGCGUGUCCCACCUCAGCUGUUCUGGAGGAAUAAGGACAACCUGUGUUGGCUGGACGCUCUGCUUGUUGCUUUGGUGAAUUGUAAGCGCCUGAGAAAGUCCAGACCUAACCAAGAACCUCAGCAGUCGCCUGUCUGGCAGCUGAUCAAAGGAUACAACGAGGCCUGUGCUGCCGUCCAAGCUCACCAGCAGACUGGCAGAGAUGGCGUUGUCAGGGUGCCAAACCAGGUGCUGCAAAAAGCAAACUCUGACCUACAGAGUCUCAGGAUGUCUGUCUUCCAACUCCUGCAGCCCAAGCUACAUUGCAAACUGGGUCAGAGGGAAACUCCAGUGUUCGCUAUGCCACUGCUCCUCAUGUCUGACUCCUGGGCAGAGCCGCUCUUCCAGCUAACGUUUCACUGGGAGUUCAAGUGCAGCAAGUGCAAAACUUCCACCAACCUCGGGGUUAUGAAACCUCUUCCCACUUUCACAAAUAUUGUGUCUGAUUGGCACCCACUUCAUGCUGCUCACUUGGCCCCCUGCAAUGUGUGCAGUCAGAAGAAUCAGAAAAGGACUAUGGUGCUGGAGAGAGUGCCUCCUGUAUUUGCACUGCACUUUGUCGGGGGGCUGCCUGACAGCGAUGUCAGAACCUACUCCUUCACCUUCCAGGGGAAACGCUACUCAGUCACCACUGUCAUACAGUACGAUCAACAUCUCAAGCACUUUGUCACCUGGAUCCAUAAACCUGAUGGAUCAUGGCUGGAGUUUGAUGACUUAAAGCAUCCAGCCUGUACCGCCCAUACCAAGCUGCCAGUUCCUGCUAAGGACAUCCACAUUGUCUUCUGGGAGAUGGAAGUGGAUGAGGAGCCCCAUGCUUGUUCCCCCUCUACCACUGUUACUGAAUCUCCCCUACCGAAAAAUGAGAUAAACCGCAGCCUAACAGAGAAAGACUUUAUGGCAGAUGAACUGCUGGCUCAGUCCCCUGACCAGUCGCUUCUCAUCUCACAAAAUGACACUGACAUUGUCUGUGCUCUCACAGUAACUGGUGAGAACAGCAUGAACACAACAGUAACGGCAGGUGUUGACACAUCCAUAGGUUCUACAACUCUGCUUGACACCUUUGAGGGCCUUACCCACAACGACAUUGUUACACUCACUCUGUGGGAGGUGAAAGACUCAGAACCGGGGCCUUUGAAUGACAAGGAACAAACUCCUGAUGUGAGUCUUCCUAGCAGGAACGGAAGUCCAGAGUCCAUCUUGACUCCAGAUAGCUCCUCCACACUAAUAUCCAGUGAAAUGCCUCAGGGUCCUGCUGCGGACGACUCGACACCCCACACAUCUGACCGUGAAACUGUGGAUGACUCAUCCAGUGAUCCUUCGUAUGUACCUGGUUCUAGGAAGAGGCCAAGAGGAAGAGGCCGAGGGCGAGCCAAAGCCAACAGCAAAAACAAAAGCAGACAAAAAGGGGAAAAGGCAGUGUUGGCAAACGUAGCACAGGCCAUUUCACCAAGUGCAUUGAGAAAUUCAGAAACGGUUCUUCCCACACGGUUGGAAGCCACAUCUCAGGAUGAUAGCACACCACCUGUUGAAAGUACACAAGAAGUCUCUCCUGUGUCUUCUACCAAAAUCUCACCACAGCCGAUGUCUAAGAGGUGUCCUGAGCUUCCACCAUCAAUGGAUCAGAACGCCCGCUGGUCCUACCUGCUCAGCAGACACCCCCUAAACCAAGCCCAUUCAAACAUUACUAAAAUCAUUCCCGCCCAUACAACCGACUCUACCACAAAAGUAAAACCCACUGUCCCCAACCACUCUACCCCCAACCCUGUGAGAAGACAGCGAACUCCUGUGGAACACUUCUCCAAACCGCAGCUUUGUAGAGAGGACAGUGAGGCCCUAUUGCGAAAAGCUGCAGACAUGUAUGGCGCAUUCAGUGCAAAGAAGUCAAACACCUCAACCCUUUCUCACACUCCUCUUCUACCCUCCUUGCCCACUCAGAAAAUGGCUCCUUUGGCACCCCGUGAUGACAAAUCAAAGGCGUCUCAAUCCAUUACCCCGUUCUCCCAGAAACCCCCACUAAACGCUUCAACAGUGUCUGACACAUCACCUUCUCCUCCUGGAGUGACUGGGCUCCCUCAGAUAUCCGCCAAGAAACACAGUAGCCAGUUGAUGAAGGUUCCCCCUGGUCUCAGUGACACCGAAGCACUCAGGUACAAGCUCUUCAAGAAACUUAAGGCAAAGAAAAAGAAGCUUGCAAAGCUAAAUCAGCUAUUGGGUUACCAGCAGGGAGUGGGAGGAGAGGCCAAUCUCAAACCGGACAGCACCGACCUGAGCUCCCCCCAUACCGUGACCUCUAGCACCUACGACAGCUCCAACUGCGACGACUUCCUCGCAGACUUUCUUUCACCAGCAACAACAGCCAGCAACCUAUCACCGGACAGCACUGGCUUGCUAGAGAUGCUCACCAGUGGGCAAGAUGGAGGAGAGCACUUGGACUAUGGCGGCAACACUAUUGGUGGAGCAUCACAGGUUAACACUGUUGCAGGUGGUUCCCUCACAACCAACAGUGACAACUUCCUGGAGGAGUUCAUCUCUGAGACUGCUGCCCAACAACAGACUGAGAUGGAGAGAGAAGCACUUAGUGCUCUUGAUCUUUUCUUUUAGGCUGUAGGGUGGAUAACAUGUUAACCGCAACUCGCUGUUAUAUGGGACUUAAGCAAUGGUGAACCUCUACAGGUUAUAACAAUACAAGCUAAAUCAAAUUUUUUUUUCUCAGUGAUGCAGUUCUCAUAAAGAUGCAGUUUGGAAGUUUGAACCGUGAAAAUAUUUCUACAUAUCCAUGUUACCUUUGAUUUAGAACAGGGGUUUUCAAACUCCUCUUUAAAAAAAAAAAAAAAUUUAAAGGUGCCCACCCUUUAGCUUAGCUCAGUUUCUGGAUGUCUGUGGGAUUAUGUAGCUGCUGUUUGAUCCGAUAGACACUGAACAGUUGAGCCAAGCUAGCCUAAGAUUCGAUCGACACUACUACAAAAUGCACACAAAUACAUUAAAAAGGGCUGAUUGCAAAAGCAUCUACUAGUGUGUCUGAUUAUGGGAAGGUAGAAAAAACAGUAAAUUCUCCUAACCUACCUUUUAAUUCUUUUUUUUUUUUUUUAACCAAAUGACAGACAUUUAGGAUAUUCUACAGCAGGAUUUCCUUUUGGUCUGUUGAUUAGAAAUCCUUCAAGAAUCCCUGAGCUUCCCCUGAAACUGUUCGGCACCCCCCUGUGGAGGCCCGCAUCCCAUGUUGACGCCCUUUGUUUUACACAGAUCAAAUGGUAAUUGUCCUCUCUGAUAGUGGAUCUUGGUCAAGCAGUUUGUGUGUACUUUGUUUGGUCAGAAGACAAUCAGCUGGUCACUAUAAAGAGUGUUAGAGAUGACCUGUAUAUACUAGUCCACUGGAGUUAACACUUAGGUAAAACGUUUGAACUGUAUCUUUAAGUUAAGUAUUUAUUAAAUUGGCUAGAAUGGCACUUUGUAUGUUAGUAAUUGUGUCUAGAUAUCAUGUUUACAAUGAUAGUACAAAUUUCUUUGUGUUGAGAAAUUACUUGAAUUUUCUGUAUUAAAUUGUGAAGAAAAUGGAUUUUUUUUAAUGUCAUUAAAUGAUUACAUUGAAUCUA